AUGAGAAGGCAGCACCGGUCCAGAAGGGCUCCAACCUUUCCCCAUGGCUAUCGCUACAGACUUGAUGAUCAGGAUGAAGCGAACCAGAACUACUUGGCAGAUGAAGAGGAGGAAGCAGAGGAAGAGGCUCGGGUGAUGGGGGUACCCAAUUUGGAGGAGAAAGAGAAAGAAGAGGAGCAAAAUGAGGAGGAAGAGGGUCAGGGUCAGCCAACAGGCAAUACCUGGUGGCAGAAAUUGCAACUCAUGAACGAAUACCUGUGGGAUCCGGAGCAAAGGAUGUCUCUGGCCCGAACAGGUCAGAGUUGGAGCCUGAUCUUGGUCAUUUACUUCUUCUUCUAUGCCUCUCUGGCUGCUGUGAUAACUGUCUGCAUGUACACGCUAUUUCUGACCAUCAGUACUUACAUGCCGACCUUCACUGAGAGGGUGAAGCCUCCUGGAGUUAUGAUCAGACCCUUCGCCCAUAGCCUUAACUUCAACUUCAACGUCUCUGAACCUGACACUUGGCAGCAUUAUGUGAUUAGCCUAAAUGGCUUUCUCCAGGGCUAUAAUGACAGUCUUCAAGAGGAAAUGAACGUAGAUUGUCCACCAGGGCAGUACUUCAUCCAAGAUGGCAAUGAGGAUGAGGACAAGAAAGCCUGCCAAUUUAAGCGUUCCUUUCUGAAGAACUGCUCUGGUCUGGAGGACCCUACUUUUGGCUACUCUACUGGACAGCCCUGCAUCCUUCUAAAGAUGAACCGGAUUGUAGGCUUUCGUCCUGAGCUUGGAGAUCCUGUGAAGGUUUCCUGCAAAGUUCAGAGAGGUGAUGAAAAUGACAUCCGAUCCAUCAAUUACUACCCAGAGUCGGCUUCUUUUGACCUCCGCUACUACCCUUACUACGGCAAACUCACUCACGUUAACUACACCUCCCCGCUGGUGGCAAUGCACUUUACAGAUGUGGUGAAGAACCAAGUGGUGCCUGUGCAGUGCCAGCUGAAGGGCAAAGGCAUUAUAAACGAUGUCAUCAACGAUCAUUUUGUGGGCAGGGUAAUCUUUACCCUGAACAUAGAAACCUAAGGACUUCAGGGGGCCAGUUCUACCAGUUCUGUUUCUGCUUUAUUUCAGGUUACCACUGGUAACCCCCAAAUUCUUUUUCUCCAAUCAGGACACAGCCAGAUCAUCUUUCCUUGCCUCUUGACAUGUGUGUAAAAUGACAUUGCGGGAACGGUUUGAUUUUUUUCAAGGUAGUCUCUCCUGAUGACAAAUAGAUGAUAUUCAUUUCCUUUCCCUCCACGUAAAACUAAAACCCGUUUUUGCUGCUAAACUUCGCACUGUAGUGUAAACAUAAGCACUGAUAAAAUUCACAAUCGUCUUGAAGGAGA